CGAAUUUGUCAUAACAUAUUGGACUUGUUCAUUUGCUAUGUGAACUCUUCGCGUAUAGUUUCGUCAACUGUUCACCUGGUUUAUUGAAGUUUGUAAAACAAUAGAAUCCUUCUCUAUACUUCUGCAUCGGAUACACUUCUUAAAAUUGCUCAUUCCUAUCAUGAGGGGAAAUUUUUUUUUAUAUGUUCUUGGUGUCAUUCUUAUUGUAUCACGAAGACAAUGGGGUGCAAAUGGAAGUCUCUUGUUUGAAAAGGAAUUGGAUCGAAUUUCCGAAGUAGCAUUGAAGAAAGAUGAGGAAAAGGAGGUGCGUGGCGAAAGUAGGAGGCCAAAUUUUUGUAAAUUCGUCGAGGAACACAUUACAAACGUCGAAGAAUUUUUCAACAAAAGUAUAAACACGUCAUUUCUGGUUCCGUGCUCCAGUCAAGAGGGGAAAUGAAAGAUCUAAAAAUAAGGAUGAUUUGUGUAAAGUCUUCAGAAUUAUUAACGUGCCUUCGAAACGCAUAGUACCGAGAACUGAACAAAAAGUCGUGGAAAGAUGUUGCGAUGGUUGGACUGGAGACGACUGUAUGACAGCUGUUGCACAAGAUCCACACAAAAACAUCAAACGAAGGAUUUUGAGUACAACGAAAUGCAACCCAUCAUGUCAGAAUGGAGGGAUUUGCAAUGCGGGGAAAUGUUUUUGUGCGAAAGGAUAUCAAGGACUUUAUUGUGAAGCACCUAUCUGCAAUCAAGGCUGCAGACACGGUAAAUGCAAAAGUCCAGGACGUUGUGAAUGUGAUGAGGGUUGGUCAGGAAACAGGUGUCAAAAAGCCAUUUGUAAAAAAAGAUGUCAAAAUGGAGGUGAAUGUGUAGCUCCUGGUACUUGCUCAUGUCCACGUUACUACACUGGUCCACAAUGCUCUACGGAUUUUUGUCGUAUUCCAUGUGAGAAUGGAGGGCAAUGUCGUGCUGGCAUGUGUUUGUGCUCAAAUGGAUGGACUGGACCAGUCUGUGGAAAACCUAUUUGUCGAGGCGGUUGUGGUUUGGGGAGUUGCAUUCAACCUGAGAAGUGCAGUUGUCCUGAAGGAUUUAAUGGAAAGAAUUGUGAAAUAAAGUCGAUUUCAACUUCUGCUGCGCCAACAGUUGCAGUUUCAUCCACGUACAAUGAUCCCAAUUUGUGCUUUACAUUUGGCCAAACGCAUUUUCAGACGUUUGAUGGAAAAUACUUUUACUUUCCGGGAAGAUGCAAGUAUAAUUUUGUAGAAAAUUGCGAUGGCAGUGAUAGUUUUCGUAUUCAUGUGGCGAAUGAUCCAAAAUGCACACACAUAACUGACUGCUUACGAUCAGUGUUUAUUUUCAUUGGAGAAACUGUCAUAAAGCUUCAUUCUGACAAUGUAACGGUCGAUGACAAACCAAUAUCACUGCCGUACUUCGUAGACAGCAUGUUCAUUCGAAGAGUUGCGCACAAUAUUCUAAUUAGCGGUUUCGAAGGUGUUCGAAUCAAGUGGGACGGACGUAACGGUGUGUAUGUGCGCAUGGACGAGUCAAUGAGAAAUUCGACUUGUGGUUUGUGUGGAAACUUCAAUGGCAUUCUCGAUGAUGACUUGACGACAAAAGGUGGCGCGAUCACAACGUCUGUGGCACGGUUUGCUAACAGUUGGAGUGAACCUGAUAUAAAUGAAGUAUGUCGUAAUAUUCAAGAAAAGAGACAAUAUCACCAUGCAGUAAAAGAAUGUGACAGAAAUGAUGAGAAUUCGCGGUACUUGCGGAAUUUUAAAACAUUCACCAUUUGAUUGUGUCAUGGUAGUCUUAAUCCGCAACAUUUUAUUGAAAUGUGUGAGCAAGAUGCCUGCUCCUGUGAUAUCACUUCGUAUCCAAACUGCGCAUGCGAUUCUUUCACGCAGUACGAGAGAGCAUGCGCCAGAAAAGGAAUAACAGUGAUGUGGAGAAGUUCAGAUCUCUGUCCCGUUGAAUGCAGUGGCGGUAAAGUUUAUAAACCCUGUGGCUCUGCCUGCCCAAAGACUUGCACCAAUCAUGGAACAAAAUCUAGUUGCUUGGAACAAUGUGUUGAUGGUUGUCAUUGUCCUAGUGGAAAGGUUUUGCAAAAUGGACGUUGUAAGGAGAUCGAGGAUUGUUUAUGUGAACAUAAUAAAGUAUGGUAUAAAGCAAAAUCUAAGGUUCGCGUUGAUUGUAAUGACUGUUAUUGUAUUGAUGGUCGAUGGCAAUGUACCGAGAAACUGUGUCCUGCUACAUGCUCUGCAGUAGGCGAUCCUCAUUACAGGACAUUUGAUGGCAAAUACUUCUCGUUUAUGGGUCAUUGUAAAUAUAUUCUCGCUAAAGAUGCCAUGGAUGAUUCUUUUAUGGUUGUUGUUGAUAACUUUCCUUGCGGAGUCGACAACACUCUAUCUUGCACGAAAUCUGUGACUGUCCAUUUUGAUAAAAAUGUCAUACAACUGAAAAAAGACAGUUUAGUCAACGUCAACGGAAACUAUCUUUCCUUUCUCCCGUACAAACAUGACCUUUUUGUCGUGGAUGGAUCUUCCCUAAUUACACGAGUCAUUUCCAACGAUGGAGUUGAAAUCACGUGGGAUGGAUUCGGUCGUGUUUAUGUAACUCUGCAAAGUCGAUGGAUGGGUAAAACGAAAGGUCUUUGUGGUAACUUCAACAAAAAUCAAGAAGAUGACUUCAAAACCAUUGAAGACAACCUGGAAACGGACAUUGCACGUUUUGGCGAAUCGUGGAAACUUGAUCUGUCAUGUCCAUCGGCGAAAGAUGUUCUCCAUCCCUGUGAAGCUUAUGUGCAACGAGCUAAGGACGCUGAUCGCUUGUGUGAUAUCCUAAAACAAAAUCCAUUCACGAAAUGUCACCAUGUUGUAAACCCUGAUGAGGGUUACAUGCAUACAUGUAGGUACGAUUUAUGUGGUUGUCAAGAUGGUACCAAGUGUCUUUGUACUGCUGUUGCAUCGUAUACACAUGACUGCGCAAGGCAUGGUGUUGAAAUUGAAUGGAGAAAUCCGAGCGUCUUGCCUGAAUGCAAAAUUUCCUGUCCUAUUGCUGGACAAAGGUAUCGAGAAUGUGGCUCAUCGUGUUAUCAGAGAUGUAGCGAUCUCUCAAAGAAAACUGACUGCAGCGAAGAAUGUUUGGCCGGCUGCUUUUGCCCAAAAGGUCAAAUAUUAAAUGACGACGAUAACUGUAUUCCCAUUUCUAAAUGCUCUUGCUAUAAAGAUGGAGAAGUUUUCUCCCCUGGUUCUGUCAUAACAAAGGAUCGUUGUAUAUCAUGCAAAUGCGUCAAUGGACGUUUUCAGUGUAGCAACAGUUCAUGCUCAUAUCUUGAUGAUGUUUCAACGAAAUUAUGUCCAAAGGGUCAGUCUUAUGUUAAAUGUGGUAAAGAGUGUGAAAAGACAUGCCGUAAUCUUCAUUUGCCGUGUGGAAGUCAUUCAUGUAAGCCCGGUUGUGUAUGUCCUAAAGAUCGUGUACUUCAUAAUGGGACAUGUGUUGCACCUGAAGAUUGUCCUUGUCAUCGUGGAGGAAGAACUUAUAAAAGUGGAGAAACAAUUAAAGAAGACUGUAACACAUGUACUUGCACUGGUCGAACCUGGUGUUGCACUAGAAAGAACUGCCCUAAAACAUGCUCUGUGUAUGGUGACUCGCACUUCAUAACGUUCGACAACAAGCGUUAUCAAUUUUGCGGUGCGUGUAAUUACAUGUUGGUUCGCGACAACUGUGCUAAUAAUUCAGAAACAUUCAGUAUACAAGCAAAGAAUGUCCCUUGUGGAACUGGUGGUGUAACGUGUACCAAGGCCAUCACAAUCAAUCUUAAUGGUACUCAAAUAAGCUUGGACCAAGGCCGUGAACCAUUGUUUCGUUCUAUGAUCAAGAACAAAUCUGAAUUUACUGUGGAAAAGAGUGGCCUUUACAUUAUUUUUCGUACAAUUACUGGAAUAUCAAUUGUGUGGGAUUUUGGAACAAGAAUAUACAUCACCCUUGAUAAUCGUUACAGAGGGAAAACAUGUGGUCUGUGUGGUAAUUAUAAUGACGAUCAAACUGACGAUUUUAGAAGUCCUUCCGGCUUAAUUGAAGCAUCUCCUAACAGUUUUGGGGAUUCAUGGAGGAUGAGUGAAUACUGUGCUGAUGCGAAAACACUAAAACAUCAAUGCACUAUUCACGAAGAAAGAUCAGCAUGGUCAAAGAAAUCAUGUGAUAUCAUCAAACAAGAUGUUUUCAAACCAUGUCAUGAACUGGUAAAUCCUGAAGAAUAUUUUCAAGCUUGUUAUUAUGAUACCUGCAGCUGUGAUACGAGUGGUGAUUGUGAGUGUAUGUGCACGGCUAUUGCAGCUUAUGCCAGAGAGUGUAAUCGUCACGGCAUUCAUAUAAAAUGGAGAUCACAGCAAUUGUGUCCUGUGCAAUGUGAACGAGGAAUGGUGUACAAGGCAUGUGGGCCAGCUUGUGUGAAAACAUGUUCAAACUCCUGUUAUCAGGACACGACUUGUCCUAUAGCCUGCGUGGAAGGAUGUCAUUGCCCUGAUGGCUUCGUCAAACAUAAUGACAAGUGCAUUAGACGGGAGGAUUGUCCAUGCAACGUGGAUGGAAAAACAUACAGCGCAAAAGCAUUCGUUAUUCUGAACUGCCAAUCAUGUACUUGCGACGAUGGCUGUAUGAACUGCUAUGGACCAACAUGUACAACGCCAACUACUAUUAUCCAUUCUUCAACCACUGAGUCAACAAUGACGUCCACUAACUCAACACAAUCAACAACUCCAUCAACAAGGAAAUCAACACCUACAGGAACACAGUCAACAACUCCUUCGACAAGGAAAUCAACACCUACAGGAACACAGUCAACAACUCCUUUAACAAGGAAAUCAACACCUACAGGAACACAAUCAACAACUCCUUCAACAAGAAAAUCAACUCCUACAGGAACACAGUCAACAACUCCAUCAACAAGGAAAUCAACACCUACAGGAACACAAGCAACAACUCCAUCAACAAAGAAAUCAACUCCUACAGGAACACAAUCAACAACUCCUUCAACAAGGAAAUCAACACCUACAGGAACACAGUCAACAACUCCUUCAACAAGGAAAUCAACUCCUACAGGAACACAGUCAACAACUCCUUCAACAAGGAAAUCAACUCCUACAGGAACACAGUCAACAACUCCUUCAACAAGGAAAUCAACUCCUACAGGAACACAGUCAACAACUCCUUCAACAAGGAAAUCAACUCCUACAGGAACACAGUCAACAACUCCUUCAACAAGGAAAUCAACUCCUACAGGAACACAGUCAACCACUUCAUCAACUCCUACAGGAACACAGUCAACCACUUCAUCAACUCCUACAGGAACACAGUCAACAACUCCUUCAACAAGGAAAUCAACACCUACAGGAACACAAUUAACAACUCCUUUAACAAGGAAAUCAACACCUACAGGAACACAGUCAACCACUUCAUCAACACCUACAGGAACACAGUCAACACCUACAGGAACACAGUCAACAACUCCUUCAACAAGGAAAUCAACACCUACAGGAACACAGUCAACAACUCCUUCAACAAGGAAAUCAACUCCUACAGGAACACAGUCAACAACUCCUUCAACAAGGAAAUCAACACGUACAGGAACACAAUCAACAACUCCUUCAACAAAGAAAUCAACUCCAACAGGAACACAAUCAACAACUCCUUCAACAAGGAAAUCAACACCUACAGGAACACAAUCAACAACUCCUUCAACAAAGGAAUCAACUCCUACAGGAACAACACAGUCAACAACUCCUUCAACAAGGAAAUCAACACCUACAGGAACACAGUCAACAACUCCUUCAACAAGGAAAUCAACACCUACAGGAACACAAUCAACAACUCCUUCAACAAGGAAAUCAACACCUACAGGAACACAGUCAACCACUUCAGCAACACCUACAGGAACACAAUCAACAACUCCUUCAACAAGGAAAUCAACACCUACAGGAACACAGUCAACCACUUCAGCAACACCUACAGGAACACAAUCAACAACUCCUUCAACAAGGAAAUCAACACCUACAGGAACACAGUCAACCACUUCAUCAACACCUACAGGAACACAGUCAACAACUCCUUCAACAAGGAAAUCAACACCUACAGGAACACAGUCAACAACUCCUUCAACAAGGAAAUCAACACCUACAGGAACACAGUCAACAACUCCUUCAACAAGGAAAUCAACACCUACAGGAACACAAUCAACAACUCCUUCAACAAGGAAAUCAACACCUACAGGAACACAGUCAACAACUCCUUCAACAAGGAAAUCAACUCCUACAGGAACACAAUCAACAACUCCUUCAACAAGGAAAUCAACACCUACAGGAACACAGUCAACAACUCCUUCAACAAGGAAGUCAACACCUACAGGAACACAGUCAACUACUCCUUCAACAAGGAAGUCAACACCUACAGGAACACAGUCAACAACUCCUUCAACAAAGAAAUCAACUCCUACAGGAACACAGUCAACAACUCCUUCAACAAGGAAAUCAACUCCUACAGGAACACAAUCAACAACUCCUUCAACAAGGAAAUCAACACCUACAGGAACACAGUCAACAACUCCUUCAACAAGGAAGUCAACACCUACAGGAACACAGUCAACUACUCCUUCAACAAGGAAAUCAACACCUACAGGAACACAGUCAACAACUCCUUCAACAAGGAAGUCAACACCUACAGGAACACAGUCAACAACUCCUUCAACAAGGAAAUCAACUCCUACAGGAACACAGUCAACAACUCCUUCAACAAGGAAAUCAACACCUACAGGAACACAAUCAACAACUCCUUCAACAAGGAAAUCAACACCUACAGGAACACAGUCAACAACUCCUUCAACAAGGGAAUCAACGCCUACAGGAACACAAUCAACAACUCCAUCAAUAUUUCCUACAGGAACACAAUCAACCACUUCAUCACUUUGUCCACUUGGAAUGGUGUAUACUGAUUGCCUUCCGACACAUUUAGAUCAGUGUCAAUUUAUGGACUUGCACUUUGCUUCAACUCCUCUUGUCCAACAGGGUGAUUCCUGUACACCAGGUUGUGUUUGCCCAAAAAAUACUGUUUUUAAUGGUAGUAGUUGUAUUCGUCCAGUUGAGUGCCCUUGCUAUCAGAAUGGCACAUAUUAUAAACCACGUGACCGCUGGAGAAAUGGAUGCAAUAUAUGUAAUUGCUGGAAUAAUCAAAUCAGCUGCAUGCCAAAACCUUGUCCCAUCAUUGGAGACUGCUCUUCGCCUUCAUUCAAAAUUGUCAUUGAGGACUGCUGUGAAACAUGCAAGCCAGUUUGUGCAGACUCGUUAGGCGUUGAUGUGAAUGGAGCAGUACCUGCAAAGAACUUUCAUUCUUCGUCAAAUCAUUUUCAUCCAGCGAAGGUCGUCUAAAUAACAGUGCUGGCGUUUGGUGUCCUGGGAAAAAUGAUACGUCACCCUGGUUGGGCGUGGAACUAUUAACAACGUCAAAUAUUGCAGGUGUUGCAAUUCAAGGAUCACCUAAAAUUUUUUCACAGCAUGUUAAGUCGUUUUCACUGCGUUACAGCACAAACGGCGUACAUUGGAUUACUUAUCCCGUGAAUGGACAUAAACAUGUUUUCAACGUCCUUGACAAAUCUAGAAAAACAGCUUUUUUUACAUUAAAUCCGUUCGUUGCUCGUUUUGUGGUCAUAUUUCCUAUUUCUUGGGGAUCGCGUCCUUGCCUCCGCUUUGAUUUGUUUGGUUGUCCGAUUCACCCAAAAACCACAUCAUUUACUACACAGACAACCCCUGUUG